CGGGGGUUACUGUAUCAUGGUGGCUUCCUGGAUUCCUGAUCCAUGCAUUUUCACGUCCGUGUUUUUUUGGGGAGCGCCCCAAUAGACAGUAGAACCACAACAGGGCCACAGUCAUCGAAAUGCCAGUACACAUUGAAGAGAGAGGCUUCGUAGUUCAGGCGGCGCCGGCUACGGGCACCAAAAGCCAGCAUAAUCCUUCUGGAUCGGGCUCAUCCCCUGCGGGGCAGUACCGAUGUUUUGUCAUCAGGGUAGCAUCAAAAAGCGUCCCAACGUGGUGGGGGCCGAACCUCUGUAGUCCGUCCUGGAUCGGCAGAAGGAGACGCAGUUUUACGCCAUCUGGAGGCCUAGGCGAGAGGGAUAGGAGGAUCUCAUGCAUCCAGCUACUCUCAAGGCCUACAUCUACGAGGGUUCCGUAUGAGAUUGCUGCUUCAGGCACGCGGUUUGGCGCUUUGGAGCCAGAGUCCGGCUCGUCGCGGCUCGUCGCGCGCAGUACUUUGUACACAAAUGAAGCUUAGAUGGUCUCUUCGAGGCUUAGGCCCUCGAUAAACGGAGCGGUCAUCCUCAGCCACUACAUUUCGACAAA